AUGACGAAGCACAAGAAGGGUUUAUGGUCACCCGAUGAGGACCAGAAGCUAACACAUUAUGUCAUGAACUAUGGCCAUGGUUGCUGGAGUUCCGUCCCCGUUAAUGCAGGUCUUGAAAGGAAUGGAAAGAGUUGUAGAUUAAGAUGGAUUAAUUAUCUUAGGCCCGGAUUAAAGCGAGGAGCAUUUUCGUCACAAGAAGAAGAAACCAUUUUGACCCUUCAUGCACUCUUAGGCAACAAGUGGUCUCAGAUGUCACGACAUUUGCCUGGAAGGACAGAUAACGAGAUAAAAAAUUAUUGGCAUUCUCGUCUUAAGAAGAAAGUAGCCAAAUCAGCACAUCUUCAUCUUCAAGUUAAUCCUAAACUUGAUUGCACAAACACAAACACAAACAUGACAAGUACAAAGGCGUCGUCAUCGUGCCUAAAUACAUCUAACUUCACCAGCAGUUCGUCCGCUCACAUGGUUCAGUCGGUGCCACUAGUUUCCCAUAUCCGCAACUUACCAAAACUUUUAUUUGCUGACUGGAUUAGCCUAGAUGAGUUUCAAGACAUGUCAAGUGGUCAGCCACUUAGCCAUGAUUCAAACAAUCAAUUAAGCACCAUGGAGCAUGAAUGGCAGCAUAAUAAAGGAUCAACAGAGAGCAGCCAGAAUAGUAAAUGUCUAGAUAGUGGUUCAACUGAAAACGUGCUUCACACUCAGGAGACGAUCGAUCAAAUGUUUGAAUUUAAUGAUGGAGAUUUCGACAUAGAUAGUUUCAUGUAUAUGUAA